CAGUGUCAAAAUAACUUUGUUUUAUUGAAAUCUGUAAAAAUAGCUGUGGAUAGACGUGACUUUCUAAUAAAGAGAUGAACUCAAGCAACAAAAACAUUUGUUAAAAUUUUAAGCAUAAAACUUUAGUAUUGAAGUACAGCUGAUGGAAUGAUUUACAAUUGAAUUAAAUUAAUUACAUUUCAUAGUAUUAGAUUACACCCUGAAUAUUUCUACUUCAUUAAUGAAGGUUAACAAAGCAAUGCUUUCAAAAAAUAUGGCUUAAAAAAAAAAAAAAAAAAAACAUAAAACAUGUGCCAGGAUGCUUUAAGUGAGCCACACCAAAGCAUUACUCAUGUUAUUGUCAUGAACAGAUCACAAUAGAGGGAGUUUCAGUGUCACAACAACUCGAGCUCAGAAAACUUCACCGUUUUUCUGGAUUUACACUAAAAACGUCCAGCAAAACCAGCAUAGAGAGAUGAACUCAACACUCACAGAGUCUGACGAAGCUCUUGCUUUCCUGGAGCUGAGGAUUAUGCUGAUUGGAAGAAGCGGAGCUGGAAAGACCACAAUAGGAAACGCAAUACUGGGUGAAGAGGUGUUUAAAGAGAGCAGAACGAGAGAGAGUGAGAUACAGAGAGGAAGAGUAGAAGCCAGAAACAUCUCCAUCAUCGACACUCCAGGAUUCUUCAACACUCACCUGACUGAUGAAGAGCUGCAGAUGCAGAUGAAGAAGAGCCUGGAUCUCUGUUCUCCUGGACCUCAUGUGUUUCUGCUCAUCAUCAACCUGGAGAACUUCACAGACAACGUGGCAAACACUGUCAAAACCAUCCACCAGCACUUCGGGAGAUCAGCGUUCAGGUUCACGAUGGUGCUGUUCAUCGGAAAAGAAGCGAUGUCGAAACGAGAGUGGAUCGAGUUCAGGCUGAGCAGAAAGACUAGAGAACUGCUGAGCUUCUUUGAGGAGAAAUGUCACGUUAUUAUUCAUAGGAAUAAGAGGGAUAAAAAGCAGAUCGCCAGCUUGAUGGAGAACAUCGAGGAGGUGGUGAGGAAGAACAGAAGAGAGCAUUACGUUAAAGAGAUCUGCUUGGAGAAUGGUGAAGAUGAGGUGAAGAUACAACAUGUACAAGUCGAGCAGAAGAAAGAGGAGAACAGGUUAGAUCUGCAUGUCGGAGAGGAUGAAAACAAUGAUAAGAGUGAGCAGAAAGAGCAAACUGCAGAAAAUGAUGGAGAAAAAAGCUCUUCGGGGGGAAGUGAAAUUAGCAGAACAUUUAAAGUUAGUUUGAUCCCGGAGGAGAAGAAAGAAAUGACAGAAAAGUGUUCAAUAACAGGUAAAUAUUAAGAUGUUUAUGACUAAAGUUAAUACAUUUCAGUGCAAAUGUUUGAUGUGAAAAUAUAUUGGAAUAUAUUUAUAAAUUGUUUAUAUAUUCCUAAUUUUCAAGGUUCAUGCAUACAUUUGAGCAACUCUAACUAUAUUUUUGUAUU